AAAGACUCCCACCAUUUCAUUUCCAUUCUUGAUUUCCGUCACUCAUGGCUUCCAGACUAUCCCUCACAACUGAAGUCGUCCAUCUCCAUAAUAAAAUAAUCCCCACAACACAUUUCCUUCAAACUUGCCCUGUUUUUUCCUCAUUAUUAUUAUCUCUUAAUAAUAAUAAAAGAAAACAUCAUGUUUCCAAACGACACAAACCAUUUGUUUGUAGGAAUUCAUUAAAACAAGAAACUGUUGACAACACCAUUAACCCAAAUCUGUCUUCACCUGAUAAUAAUAAAGUUGUUCUUGUCACUGGGGGCACCGGUGGAGUUGGACAAAUAGUGGUAGCAUCAUUGCUAAAUCGGAAUGUUAAACUGCGGCUAUUACUCCGAGAUCCAGCGAAAGCCACUACUUUAUUUGGAGAACAAGGAGAGGAGAAAAUGCAGGUGAUGAAAGCUGACACUCGAAACUCAGGGGAGCUUGACCCAUCUAUGUUUGAGGGCAUAACACAUGUUAUAUGUUGCACCGGUACUACAGCUUUUCCAUCAAAGCGAUGGGAUGGGGAUAACACACCUGAAAGAGUAGACUGGGAAGGCGUGAGAAACCUUGUAUCAGUAUUACCUCGGUCACUUUCAAGACUCAUCCUAGUUUCAUCAGUAGGAGUUACCAAGUCUAAUGAACUACCUUGGAGCAUCAUGAACCUUUUUGGUGUUCUCAAAUACAAGAAGAUGGGAGAGGACUUCGUUAUUAACUCCGGGCUUCCUUAUACUAUAAUAAGACCUGGUAGGUUGACAGAUGGACCUUAUACAUCAUAUGAUUUAAAUACUCUGCUCCAAGCUACAGCAGGUGAAAGACGAGCCGUUCUUAUUGGUCAAGGAGAUAAACUCGUAGGAGAGGUUAGUAGGCUGGUAGUUGCUGAAGCUUGUAUACAAGCCUUGGACAUAGAUUUCACCGAAGGCCAAAUAUAUGAGAUCAAUUCUGUCCUGGGUGAUGGACCAGGAAGUGAUGCAGAAAAAUGGAAAGAAUUGUUUAAAGCUGCUCAACUGCAAUAAUGUAUGCAUAUGCAUGUUUUGUAAUCUAUCAAUUUGUUCAGUCAUCUUGUAAUUAACUCCAAAGUUGUAUCCAAUCAAAUGUAUAUCAACAUGAUUACAGUUUUGCAAAAAUAUAUGAAAGGCUGAAAGGCUUGUGUUUACAAA